ACAGAGCGUUCUUUCUCUGAGGAGGAGUGUCGGAGCGUGGAUGCAUCCCAGCUCCAGUGUAGGACAAACCACACAACCACCCAGACGGGCUCAAACAGUCAGCAAACAGACGGGCUGGAAACACAGUGGAAGAAGUUAAUGAUGAUGCAGUCUGGCCUGGAUGACUUAACUAAGCAGAGGAUGUUGCAGGCUCAGGCUCUGUCUCGGGAAGCCAAGGGAGGUUUCAACCUCGGGAAGAAGAUCAGUGUUCCCAAAGACGUGAUGAUUGAGGAGCUCAACCUUACCUCCAAUCGAGGAUCUCGGAUGUUUCAGGAGAGACAGAGGAGGUCGGAGAUGUUCACACUGGAGAAUAUCUCCAAUGGUCCUUACAAUACAAAUGUCCAUCUUGAGGCAAUUCCUCCCCCACAAUCUGUUCCCGAGCGACAGGGAGGAAAAGAGAACCAGGCUUUCUCCAUCCCUGGUAAGCAUAGCCUGGUCAUGAACCUUCAGAAGACUGUAGCAAAGAAGGGCAGUCCUGAUGUCCUGGCGCCAGGGUAUUCUGGCCCUCUGAAAGAAAUUCCUCGUGAAAAGUUCAACACAACAGUCAUCCCUAAAUCCUACUGCUCCCCAUGGAGGGAAGCUUUGGGGGACAAUGAAGAGCUUCUGAAUGCUAUUAAUGCCCAGCUGCCACAGCUCCCACAAAGACUACAACCUGCCAACUACAGGUGCUUCAACAGAUCUGCAAUGCCAUUUGGAGGCACUAUGUCCAGCAAGAGGGUAAUCCCAGUGAUUGGCUUUGAGGCUGUGGAGUCUCGGAACCUUCCCAGCAUCGCUCUAGAUCGCAUGCACCGACGGCCCAACUUCAACAGAGCACCCAAGGGAUGGGGAAUUGACUACAGCCCCGAAUCAAAUGAACUAUGAAAAUGAGUCAAUGAGUAAAAAGACUGAAGCAUGGAGAUCUCCCUCUAAAGAUGAUCCUUCUGUUGAUUGUAAGGAACUUCAGAAGUAAAAAAAAAAAGAACACUCUUGCAUGAUAUAUUGUGUUUGUUACUGCUAAG